AUGAAUAGCUCCGAAAAACUUACAGAAAUAUGCGAACAACUGGAUACAGUAGUUCUCGAAUACCUCGAUCUCAUUUCCAGUUACAAAGAGCAAUGGAAACGAAUCAGUAAAGAAUUAGAAAAUGGAUUUCUAUCACUAGCUCACGCAAAAUAUGCUAUGGGGCCGAGUUUAUUAACUCAACACCAAUAUGACGGACGAAUGAAAGCAGAUACUAGAGUUAUAAUAUCUGAAAAUCAAGGAGCCAAGGCGAAUUCUUUCGAUAAUGAAUUAGGACAAAGUAAUAAUUGUCAACUUAUUUUGAUCAGUGGUAUUUUAGAUGGUCCAGAAUUAGACAUGUUAUUUGCUGGUGAUAUUGCUGCUGACACUUUAGAAGCUGGCGGGUUAAGGCAGCGCAAUAUCAAGGUUUCUGAAAAAGAAAAUAACAUUAAUAUGUCGGAAAAUUUGGAAAAACAUAAUUACACAAAAAAAAGAUCCAUCAAAAAUCCACUCAAUUGGUUUGGAAUUUUGGUUCCGUCUUCACUAAGAGAGUCACAAAAUAGUUUCAAACAAGGAUUACAAGAGAUGAUUAAUAUAAUUAAUAUGCGGACUAAAAUUCACGUCAAAGGACAAGAAUACAAGAAACUGAAGGUCGAGAAAGAAUUAUUUCUAUCAAGUUAUCAUAAUAUUAAUAAUGAUGCAAUAGAUGCAGCAGCAACAUCCAAGCAAGAACAAGUAUAUCCUGAUGCAUCAGAUUUAGACCUUGAUGGAUGA